AUUCUAAGGUGACCCGAACGAAUAUACCGCCUGGUCCUGCAGUUCUAGGGUUUCAGGGUUACCAUCAUCGUUUUGUUCCUCCAAGACACAUAUAUAAUCUCACCACUCCGCCCUCUUCUUUCACCACUAUCUCUACUAGACCUUUGGAGCUCAGAGCUUGUGCUGGAGCUUUCUUUACACCUAGCAAUGGAGCAGACCUUCAUCAUGAUCAAGCCCGAUGGGGUCCAAAGAGGCCUGGUUGGUGAAAUCAUUGCCAGGUUUGAGAAGAAGGGCUUCACCCUGAAAGGUUUGAAGCUCAUGAGCGUGGAGCGGUCCUUUGCUGAGAAGCACUACGCUGAUCUUUCUGCAAAGCCCUUCUUCAAUGGGCUUGUGGAGUACAUUAUCUCCGGCCCCGUUGUGGCCAUGGUCUGGGAGGGCAAGAAUGUUGUGGUGACUGGUCGCAAGAUCAUCGGGGCCACCAACCCUGCUGAUUCCGCUCCCGGCACCAUCCGUGGAGACUUUGCCAUCGACAUUGGCAGGAAUGUUAUCCACGGAAGUGACUCAGUUGAGAGUGCUAGGAAGGAGAUUGCGCUGUGGUUCCCCGAGGGUGUUGUCGGGUGGCAGACCAGCCUCCACCCUUGGAUCUACGAAUAGAUUCCUCAGUUUCCUAGAACGGGCUGUGUUCUUACACAACUCGAUGACGUACCUCUAUUUAUCCUGAACUCAUGCUCAAAACUAUCAUUGGCUGAAGUUUUGACAUUUAGCAAGUUGGGUUAUGGUUGUGGCAAUUUGCGUGCGACACCCUCUGGGUUGAGUCUACUAUUAAUUCGAAUUAAGCUUAAGUACGAUGAAAACUCUGCAUUGCAUAUCCACUUUCUUCAGUGUGACGAAAGAGCGGCCUCGACCUUCUGCCUUUGGCCAUUCUCAGUAUUUUCUCAUUUUUGUGUGAAUCAGACUGUUAUUGGUGGGUUU